AUGCAGCGUUAAGUAAACGGAGUGCUUUUAUAUAGUGAUGAGAAAAACACCUAAAACCAGUGCAGUAGCAGCGGCCUUCUACAAUGGUGGAUAACAAUUGUAUUAUCGAGGGAAACGUCAAAUUUCGCGACGGCAAAAAAUGGAAAUCACGAUGGUGUGUAAUGAGAAAAUUGUCACCAGUUGCAGAUUGCCUUCAUUUGCAACUGUACGGAGAUAGCAAGGAUCGAUAUAAGCAAGGUCAAACGAAAGCUUCGUUAAGCUUGCAACAUUUUCUCGGCGUGGAGAGUGGUUUCACUCUCGAUAAGGAAUCCAAUACCAUUGCCAUAAUAUGCCAGGAUGUGACGGUCGUUCUGGCCUUCGAUACCAGAGAACGAUUGAUACAAUGGCAAGUGAAGAUUUCGAACAACUUGGGCGAAGAUCAACAGUUCCUGAUACUAAUCUCCACGGUGCCAUCGAAAGCAAAGCUCACGAAUGGCCCGGCCCAUUUACACAUUCAAGACCGUCGUUUCUGCAUCACGGUCGGAGUGCCUCCCCGAUUAGUCGGUAUUUGGGAGAUAGCUCAUCUUCGGCGUUACGGAGUCGUGGAGGGAAGAUUCUGUUUCGAGGGUGGCUCGAGAUGCGGUCGGGGGGAAGGGCUGCACGUGUUGAUAACGGAUCAAGGAGAAGAUAUCGUGAAGAUGCUGCAGUUAGCCGCGGAAGGAAAGCUGACGAAAAAACGACCGCUUUGCAAGGAGCAAAUAGUACAGGACAGCCCUCGACGUCAGUUCUCCCGCUCGGAAACGAGAGCCAGCGAUUUCUUCCCCUCGACUGUUUACUCGUCCACGUACGAGGAACAGUGUGACAGCUGCAAGAACGAGAGCUCGCCCUAUUGGUCGUCCGCGGAGAGCAGCCAACAAACUGAGCUUGACAGGGAUUACAGUAGCCGUGACACCGUCUCCGUUUCGGAAUUGCCUGACCAGCCAGGGGAGUGGCGCAGCUGUUCGCUCACUCGUCAAGGAACAUCCGCUCUCGAGCGAUGCGCUAGCUGUAUCAGUAAACUGGGCACCGUCUCGAAAUCCUCCACUCUAGUCACAGCGAUGGGUGCGAGCAGCGUCAGCAGCCCGGCUGGUACGAUCAACAAUUUGGGCUGCCAUUUGCAGCCACGCACCCUGGAUCGGCUCUCCUUGUCCUCGUACAGUAGCAGCAGCCACGACAGCGAUUAUUCGAGCUCCCAACAAGCCGAGUGUCAUUGUUCGCAGACGAAGAGUUCGCAAGCGAACGCGCAACGCGCCACACCGAGUCCGAACGCGCUGCCACCGAGACCACCGAAACCGUCCCAAAGCACUGCCACCAAGAAGGUUAAGAAACCCCCGAUGCCACUGCCAAACGAGCAGAUCUGCGUGCACUCGCGUAGCAAGCAGCAGCUCGUCCCUCGUAACGCGACCAGCGUAGUUGGUCCUUACGAGAAUUACGACGUGCCUAAGUCGAUCUUGGGCCAUCACAUGUUGUUGGAACAAAAUCCUCAACCGGAUCAGUAUUACGACACGCCAAGGAAAAUCAAAGAAUGCCUAGCACUGCCAAAAACGUAUCCUAAUUACGAUACCCCUCAAGCGCCACAAGCGGUCGUGUUGCAACAGUGCGGCUGCCCGGCCAAGCUCACCGUUCAGUCCCCCAGGUCUUCUGGUUGUCCCUGUCAGAAUGUGAUGAGUUGGGCUGGCUUCGUACUGCCGUAUUGUAGACGAGGAGCGGGUAUAGAGCCGACCGGGGUAGCCGUGCACCCCGUCAAACUGUCUGGAGAAGGAAAGAUGCCUGUGGUGAACGCGAGCGGAGAGAUCGCGAUCUACGCGACCGCGAAACGUGCUAACAAAUCAGGGACUACGGAAGAGAAGAGCAAAGACAACUGCGAAUGUCCGUCAGAUAAUAAAUCCAACAAUUACGAGAACGUCGAGCCGGUUAUCGACACUCAGCCUGAGUCCAAACAAGCUAAUUACGCGAAUAUUGAUUUCACCCAAUCUCUUGAACACUACGAGAACAGCAAAGACCUUCUGGCUAAGAGCGGCAUAUCGCAGGAAGAAAUAGAGAAAUUUUCCGAUCAGAUCAAGGACGAAACGCCAGAAGCACCCGUUGAAGAUUCCUCCAAGAUAUGUCAAAAAUGUGGCCACCUCAAAGACAGAGAGAACGACUACUUAGUCAUGGAUCCCGAGAAGCAAACGCCAAAGAAACCGUUCCCCGGUUACUUACCCAUGCAACCGGCCCACAAUGCUUGCUCCAAAGAGAUCUUGUCCAGAAUCUGCAGCGGUAUCAAGAGUUCGAGCAAUCCUGCGUUAUCAGGCUCGGCGAUAACCGAGGCUGGCAAGAAGCGAUCCGAUUCGGAGUUUCGUGUACCUGGUUCAGCUAUGUUGGCUAGCCCGUAUCUUAGACGUCGUUACCUGGACGGAAACAGCGGAACAGAGUCCAGUGGGAACAUUAGUAUGUUGUUGAGAAAACGAUCUUACUCUGCAGAGUCUGCUCACUACUUGGACGACGAGAAUCACACCUUUCCAUCCACCCUCACCAUUCACAAGUGUUCCAGCGAGGCAGACAAGGCUUCUCUGGUCAGAGGAGAGGCGCAUACUUCCUGCGUUAAUUCAGAGAUCAAAAUUAAUCAGGAUAACGGGCAGAUGUCGAUUGUCUCACCUCAGCCGUCGUUCAUCAAGAUCAGACGUUCAUCUUCGGUUCCAUCAAAGACCGGUCACAAUAGAGAUUCCUCGAGUAGCAACGAUUCUGGUGUCUCCACUGGAUCCCUCAGUCACAGAACGGCGGAGUUCGUGGAGUUUGAGUUGUCAUUGGUACCUUCGACGUCCACGAGAAAACAGAACGUGUUGUCUGUCUACCGGAAGAGUCCACCGCCUACGUGUUAUCACAGCAGUUUACCAAGGAAAUCAAAGUCGAGCGAUCCGCUCCGGGAAUUGUCUUUUCAGUUUCAGAAGAUUAAAAUACCCACCAAGUCCUCGUCGGCGGAAGCCGAUAUACCGACGUGUUUGCCGAAGGGUGCGAAGGGGUAUAAUAGUCCAGGGGAAGUGUCCAGUGCUCCCUACAUUGACUCGCGAAGCACGAGCAGCGGUACAUCCGACAUGUCUGAUUAUAUCGAGACGUUGUCGUUGUCGUCCCACUCGUCAUCCGACACGCCGGACAGUCUGAGACUGGGCGGAAGAGCAGUAGCAACAACGCUACGCCCUCGCAGCGGAAAAGAGUAUUACAAGAUCGACAGAAGUAUUCUUGUGGAACAAGGAAGAACGUUGACGACACCAUCGGCCAAUUACGCGAACAUUACACCGGUACUUGAGAAAAGCGAGUCCCCUUCGCCUGGAUACAUGAGCAGUUCUCCCUUUGAACAACCACAGCCCACUCGUGAACACUUUCUGUUUCCCGAUGAAGCUUGAGCGUAGCAACAUUGUUUGGGAAGAGAGGGGAAAACUUGAAGUUCCUAGGAAUUCCAAACAAAAUCUGUAAGAGUAUUCAUGGUAGAAAUGAUAAUUGGGGCAUCGUGACUGUUUACACUAUACGCGGGUAUCUAGUACACCAUUCGCCCUGUGAGUAUGUUUUGUCAAAAGCAGUGCUUAAGAAGAAGAACGAUCAUCCUUCGUUGGUCCAAGAAACAGAGUAAGAUACGGAUACUUUACGACUGUUAUACGUUCCCAAUUUUCUUUACGUCUUUUAACGAUUCCAUAUGUCUUCUAAACAUUCGAAGCCGCACAAUCAAAGGAACCUAAACCGGGUUAGAUUCUAGGUUCUAGCGUAUAGUUGAAAUGAAGUCAAUAACUGAACACUUCCUACAACGACUCAAACAAUUUCUAAAAUAUGCUCAAUAAGAAACUGUAAUAGUUUGUAUAGUAAGAAUCCUGCCCUAGGAUAAAUUGAAGAGGCGGUUUGCAUCCAUAUAUGUAUACUUUGUAUGAGUAUAUCGUUUUUUCGAUAUGUUUUAUUUUGUAUGAGUAUAUACUUCUAUAUAGAGUAUUGUACAGCGGUUCAAACCGAGGAAUGCAAUUAACGGCUCUGUGUUUUUUAAUACCGGUUCACGUAACACCAUCGAUUUGCAUUCUAACAUACAACCAAAAAAGAGGAAAAAAGAAAGAAAAGAAAAUGCAAUGAAAGUAGUUAGUUGCAUUUAGCGUUCACAGGGUUUUUCAAACUUUUACUAGUUAUUUUUUAAUGGCUAAGAUAACAAUAAUAUAGCCGUCGAUGGUCUUCAUUUUUAACAAGAUUUAUACGAUGGAUAUUGUAGUCUCUCUGGGCAAUCAAAGAUGGCACUAUGUAUAGAUUAUAAAGGAAAUAUCUUUAAAGAAAAAAGAAAAAAAAAAGAAAACUAAGGUCCUAAGAAUACGUGAACGGAUACAAAGGUCGAAUUAUUUUUAUUGUAUUUUUACCGCCUUAUCCGCGGUACAUCAUUAUCCUAAUAUGGCUUCGAUUCGUCUAUGAUUUCCUAUUUAGAUUUCUAUGUAGAUCACGCAACGAAUUAGUUGUUAGUCGUGAAUUGCAAUAUUAAUUUCCCUCUUUUGUAUCGUAGGAAUAUGUACUUAAAAUAUUUUUUAUUCAUACUUAAGAUAAUCUAUAUCGUUUCGUGCGCGAAGAGCCUAUAUAAUAUGUCUAUAUGGAAUUCUUUACCAAAAAAAAGUGGAAGAAGAUGAAGCAAAAGAGAGAGAGAGAGAGAGAGAGAGAGAGAGAGAGAGAGAGAGAAAUGAAAGAAGAAUAUUUAUUUUUACUUCAAUGGUGCAGGAUCUUUUUGAUAAUAAAACUAUUUAUAAUGUAGAGGAUUAAGCAAGGAGCUAAGAGAAGAAUCGAAGAGGAGAAUCUACUUACAAUUAGAUUAGUUAGGCCUAUUUUAUGUCUGCACAGCUUCAGACUUUCUUUGAUCACAAUUUUAAACGAUAAUGAAAUGAAUGCAUAUGCAAGUAUCUUGAUCUCUGCGUUUAUUUCUCUUCUUGCUCUGCUAAUCUCUUGCACCGAGGAUUAAUCGACGCGUGUGAUCGAUGGAUAUUAAUGCAGUGAUACUGAACGCAAUAAUAUAGCAAUGCUAGGAGUUAUAUAUGCUGAUAAAUAGAGAGAGAGAAAAAAAGAAAUGAAGAAUAAGAAAGAAGAGAAUAUGAAAUAUCGAAUGUUUUCGCAUUGAGAUAUUAUUAAAGCAGAUUAAUUCUGUUUCAUGUAUAACAUGUUAAUGCUCCACGGGGCGGAUAAUCAAAUCAGUAUUCAGAAUCAAAAAGAUCAACGGUGAACAGAAGCGUUUUACCGUGCCGUAUUAGAGGUUCAUUGAACAAUGUAAAGUUAACCGGAAAUCACCAUUCAAACGACAAUAUAUCUCUGUAUUUUGCAUCCACAGAAACCCUCCCUUUAGCGAACAGCCAAAAAUGGAAUUGUUUUUACGUCGAACAGGAACAGAAUUGUAAUAUAAAAUCUACGUCCGUCGUGUGUUAAAAAGGAAACCCGGUGUGUUCUUGUCUUUUUAACAAUUACAUCGUAUGUAGCAACGCCACGCUUAUAUCUUUUUUAACACGCUACGUUUUUUGAGAAAGAAAGAAAGAAGAAAAAAAAUGGCAAAUCGGUGGAGGAGUCACAGUUGUACUCUUCUUUCUACACAGGUGGAUAACUUGUAUAAAAAGAAACAAAAUAAGAUAACAUAUAUUAUAUAUGCCGCAGUUGACUCUAUAACGAAUUGUAAAAGUAUUAAAGUAGUAUUAUCACAAGACUGAACAAGAUGAUAAUAGUUGCUGUGUGGUUUAAAUCGUAGGAGAUAUCUAAAGAGCUAGAGAUUUAAUAAUAUAAUUUUCUCGUGCGCCAGCUCUCUUUGAGCGUUCUUUCUAAUUGUAACCCCUUUCGAACUUUUUUAAUGGAAGAAAAAAAAGAUGGAAGAGAUCUCUCUCUUUUAUUUUCUACUCUGCAUUCCGUGCGUCGAACGUGUAUCGUGUCUUCUAUAAUAUCGUAUAUAUGGCGAUUAACCCUUCUUUGGAUUACAGGGGUCGUAACGGAGCCCUCUAAAAUUAACAAGAUGGUACUUAAACUAAAUAAUCCCCCGAAAAUUUGGAACUCCAAAGAGGGGUUAAAAAAGGGAAGCAAGCGAGUGUUCUCUGGUUACUUUGCUUGGUACACUGUCUACCAAGUCACUGUCCAAACUUUACCGAAUUUUUUAUCCCAUAUAAAAAUGAAAAUAAAAAAACUCGUAUUCUCCAUACCGAUGAUUUAUAGAACACGACACGAAGGUACUUAAUAUUGAGAGAUCAGCUAUCGUAUGUAGUAGAAUUAAAAAUGAAGAAAACGAUCGACCUUAUAUUUCUCUUCUAUGGAUCGUUGAGUCCCAGAGAGUUAUUAUUAGAUUGUACUAUUGUCGAAUGAAAAAAAAAAGUAUACUCUUUAAUCUAAAGCCGAUAUCGUACCCCAUACAUUCAAUGAAAAAAUAUUGUAUACAUUUAAGAAUGAUAACGGAGAUCGAUUCCGUUAUAUUGCACCGAUGAUUCCCAAUCGCGAUAACAAUUUUUAAAAAAAUGAAAGAAAUGUUAACAGAGGAUCAUCGAGAUUCCGAGUCCGUUUCCGUAAGAUUGGGAAUCGAGUUCUAUAAACACAUGCUAGUCAAAGUUAAGUACUACCGUAGUGAUAAUAUAUUUUUACUGUAAAAGGGACUAUCGCGUAUAGGUCGAAAACUGGACGCACGAUAUUCCAGACGAAGUAGUCGAACACUGUCGUCCUUAGUGAAAAUGUCCUACCCGAAGCUACAUUAUCUGUACACGUAUUACAAAAGAUUAUAUAGAAUUACUGAAAUUUAAUCUAGAAAAAUAAGGAUAAGAUCUCGUGUUUAGAAAUGUUAGGGCAAUUGAGCUAAGGAUGGUAGAGGGGAUCGCAAGCGAAGUCGUUUCUUUUAAGGAUUCAAGUUCGGUAACACACGAGGAUGCGAGGGAAUGAAGUUGGAAGCCUUGGAAUCUCGUUUUUGUAGGACUUUUAUAGGAUUUCAGGAGUGUCAUGGAUCGUGCAAGGAAAUCUUGAACCCCUUUAGGUAGUAACAGGUGACUGUAUCAAAUUUACCCGAUCCUUUAAGCGUGGGGAAGGAAAGUUGGAUACUUAUUCGGAACGCGUGUUAAUGCGAGAAGAAAAAGUUGUGUAGGAGGUUCUAGCAAAGUUAAUCCGUUGGUUCAUAAUACUUGAAAAAGUGAGGAAAUGGUAAUGGAAGUUCUUGAAUUCCAUUUCCAUAAAAUUAACCCUUUCGUUACUUAUAAAAGAAAGAAAGAAAGAACGCGUUUCGUGUGUUACGAUGCAACAAAACUCCAAUAUAAUCCAUCGGAAUCGCAAUCCCUCCACGUAUACGACGAGCUUGCGAGAACAAAAUGGAAUUGCUAAAAAUCGUCAGGAUAACGUGCGACAGUUUUCGAGCCUCGAACAACCAUAUCUAAGAAUUUACUAACGAUAUACAUAAAUAUAUAUAUAAAUAUAAAUAUAUUGACUACGAAUAGAGGAUAAAGUUUCCAAGGGUAUUAUAUACACGCUCUGUUUAUAAUUUCUGUACAUAUAGUCGGUGUGUGGCAUUAGCGUAUUCGAGAUCUUUUUUAUUUUGUGAUCCAAGAGAAUCUGCCGAUAAAUGAGAUGGAUAAAGACGACUUUUACUUGUACAUAAUGAAACUAAAGAGAAAACAAAAGAAGGAACGGAUAACGAGAACAGAGAGUAGUGUGAUGAAAUGCGCUCGAAUCGUCUUCUGAAAGGAUACAUUCUCAUGGUUUCGAUUGAUUUCACUUUUUACCACCCUACCACGAUUGUUCGACAAGCGUGUUUGUAAUUGCAGGUUCCACGGAGUGAUAAUUGAUCCGCGGAGAGUGUUUAAUGACGGGAGAGCGAGCCGUAUUGUCGUCAGGGAUUAUUUAUGCGAUACGAGCAAUCUGAAACGCUUUACCGCACACACACACAUACACACAUAUACACGAGAGGGUAAAAGUUAUAGUGGUAUAAAUUGUUUAAUUCUUAUUUUGAAAAACAUUAAUAGUUAUAAAUGUUAUGACCAACCCUAGAAACUCUAGAAACACCAAACCUCCAACGAUUAUUUUUAAAUAAUCUUUUAAAAAUUUUCUUAUCUCAAAUUAAAAAUUUUACUUGCACCACUAUAGUUUUCACCCCCUUUGAUACAUGAACUCUGUAGCAUAUGAAUCUCAUAGUAAAGGAGAAAGAGACUGGCGAAAUUUCCCCUCGAUUUGCGAAUUCUCUAUGUAUCUCUAUACUUUGCAUUCGAAGAGAGGAGGCUAUCGUUUGCACCACAAGCAAUGAAAUUCAUUUUUCCUGCUGUCGAUGCUACCGGUUGAACGAACGUUCACGAUUGCACGCGAUCGUAGAAAUUACGGGUAAGAAUGAAAGGAAUCGUUGUAUCCUCUCGCGCCUUUUAGUACUUAACGCGAAAUCGAAAUGGAUCCUAUGCGAACGUUCUUUCUAAAGUGCUAUGGAAUUAUCUGGCGAACGUUUUAGCUCGAACCGGUAAUAGCAUGUCCAUUCGAUCGUUAUAGCUUUUACUUGAGUCUUCAUAGAGAUCGAGGAUCGGAAGCGAAGACUCGCGUUUUAUUUAACUUAAAUAAAUCAAUAGCGAUUGGUUUGGAAAAGUCUGAAAGAGAGAUUGGUAGCAUCGAAGUACGAAAUCUCUUGUACAUAACAUUUCCAGUAGACAGUCUGUUGAUCAUAUAAAUAAUGAUCGUGUGAAUAUGAAGGAACAUGUACUUGUACAACCGCGAGCAACGAUGACUUCCCUCAAUCAAUAGAAGUCAUCGUUGCUCGCGGUUGUACGCGAAUCAUUCCAGAUGAGUUUGGUCCGCGUAAACGUUUCGCAUGUGAUGUACAACCGUGCCAUCUUUAUUCAUCUGUUACUUCAUUCAUUCACCCCCCUGAUUAAAUGGCACGCGUCAAGGUUGAUAGGCGUGUACUUAAAGUGAGAAUUCCAUUAGCUGAUAAUUAACGCAUACGAAGACGAGGUCGGAAAUCCGUUUACUUUGACAAUCCGUUCUCCAAUAGGAAAAAAUCGUCCUUUAACGCGUUGACUGCUAGAGAGGUCAAAAUAAUGAUAAAAACGUAACAAAAUUCAGAAUACCAUGAAAAUUACACUGCUCAGUCAACGUGUUAACAAUUGAAUUCCCUCCCUUUUAACCCUCUGCCUUAUCAAAUCGAAUUUCACUCGAACAAAAUAAGUAAAUGAAUUUUCAUUUACAAAAUUGAUCAUUUUCAAUGACAAACUACGUAAGACAUUCCGUUCGUUUUUGAUAGAAAAAAAAAAAA